CACCACCAACCACAUCUUCUCGUGUGUGAAAUCUCAAGCGCCGCCCAACACGGUACAAGUUAGCAGACUCUGCACUAAGUUCAAAAGGUUGACAUAUUCCACACGGCCUAUCAAUUCAUCAAACAGAAAGGCAAAUCGCAGAAAGCAUGUCAACUAACCUCCUCUGAAAUCUAUAAAAAUCCUAGACAGAUCGAAGGAAGCAAACAUCUCUCCUAAUAGCAUAUCAGCCAUGGCCAUCUCAUAUUCUCUUCCCCUUCUUUUCCUUCUCCUGCCGUUCAUCUGCCUUUUGUGCUGCUAUCGGAGCACAGAGGCUCGACAUGAACCCCGUGAUUGCUCGAUCUCAGAACUAAUCUCAGAGGAUCUAUACAAAAGCAUCUUCUUGCAUAAGGAUGACAACGCGUGUCCUGCAAAGGGCUUCUACCCUUACGAUGCUUUCAUCGCAGCAACGAAAUGUUUCCCCAAAUUCGCCAGUACAGGAUGCUUGGAUACUCGCAAGCGAGAGCUCGCAGCUUUCCUUGCUCAGAUAUCUCACGAGACCACAGGAGGAUGGGCAACGGCUCCAGACGGACCAUAUGCUUGGGGAUUGUGUUUUAAAGAAGAAGUCAAUCCAUCAUCUAACUACUGCGACUCAACGGACACCAAAUGGCCUUGCUAUCAAAACAAAAGCUACAAAGGAAGAGGACCCAUCCAACUCUCAUGGAACUACAACUAUGGACCGGCUGGGUUGGCUCUUGGAUUCGACGGGUUGAGGGAGCCCGAGUUGGUGGCAAACCGAUCUGAUUUAGCAUUCAAGACUGCACUGUGGUUCUGGAUGACAGCGAGAGGUGAGAAACCGUCGUGCCAUGAUGUAAUGGUGGGCCAGUUCAUCCCUAGUGCGACUGACUUGGCAAAUAAUAGGACAGCCGGGUUCGGUCUCGUUACCAACAUUAUUAAUGGUGGUCUUGAGUGCGGAAUCCCAGACGACCCAAGGGCUAACAAUCGAAUUGGUUAUUAUAAGAGAUAUGCUCGGAUAUUUAACGUCGAUGUGGGGCCAAAUUUGGACUGUGCAAACCAAAAAUCGUACUAAACUUGAUCGUUUACUCCGUUUUAACAACAAUUUUUUCUCCUUAUAUGCUUGUUUUUUAUUAUUGUUAAAAAAAAAUUAUCUCAUCAUUUAGAAGUAUUGAUUUAUAAGGAAUUGUAAUAAGGGCAUUUUUAUGAAAU